GUCGGGCGCUGCUUCCUUGGCGUCGCGGCGGCUCAGCUGCGCCCGGGCGGCUGCGCUCUCGCCGUUUGGCCGCUCUUCCUCACCCGCAAUAUGCCUCCGCUGCCCUCCGGCUGGCCGCCAUGCCUGGGAUUCCGCCGACCUCCUCGCUGCUGGGAUUGGCCGCCGCGACGUUUUGCCUCCUCUCGUUGCUGAAGAGCCGCCCGGGCUCCGCGGCCGCCACCGGCGCCGUCGGCUUAACCAGGCGUCCUCCUCAGCCAGCCGGCUUGUCGACGCCGUCUUCCUCCAUGGCUGCUCCAGCACCUAUGUUUACCCUGAAAGUGCAAGUUAAUGAUAUAAUCAGUCACCAGUACCUACAGCAAGCUGUUGUGGACAUCUUUGUCAACUAUACGAAAACAAAUUCUACUCUAACUGGAAAGAAUGGAGCAGUAUUGAUACAGGUUCCCUAUCAGCUAGGUCUGAGUUUAACCAUUGUUUCUUAUAAAGAUGGUUACAUGUUAACACCUUUACCUUGGAAAACUGGGAGAAUGCCAAUAUAUUCAUCGGUUACACUUUCAUUGUUUCCCCAAAGCCAAGCAAAUAUAUGGCUGUUUGAUGAUACAGUUUUAAUCACUGGGAAACUAUCUGAGGCGAAAUCUCAGCCAAGUGUUCAGUUUCCAAAAUACUUAAUUAAACUUCCUGUGAACCACCAUAUCACUAAUGUAACAGCGUAUCUUACAGUGCCGCAGCAGUUUUUAAAAGUGGAGCAUUUCUUCUAUACAACAGGAAUUCUUUUAAAUAAAUCAGGUUUCAAAAGUAUUGAAUUGACUCCCCUUGCUGCAAUUUGCGUAAACAUAUUUUCGAGUGGGAAAGAACUGCAGGUGGAUGGCUCCAUCCAGAUCACCUUACCUCUUCUGCCUACAAGUGCAGUCAAAGCAGGAGAACCUAUCUCAGCCUGGACUUUUGAUAUGAAAACGGGUGCUUGGAUCAAUCGUGGUUUGGGAAUGGUAAAGAACAUCAAUGAUCACUUAGUAUGGACAUAUACUGCUCCAAGUCUGGGAUAUUGGAUAGCAGCCCCAUUGUCUGGAACCAGAGUAUUCCUCACGGCGAUAUUAGGAGGCACUAUCACCAUCAUUGCUGGGUUCUUUGCACUUCUGCUUUGCUAUUGCAGAAAGAAAAGUCCUACUAAAUUAGACAUUUUUAAAAAAGACCAAACAACUUCAACAACUCACAUAAAUCACGUUAUGCAGCCAAAGGGUUCUUUGAAGCCAGAUGACAAAUCUAGAUUGUAUUCCCAGAGUAGCAUUUAUAGCCCCCAGAGACGGGUUUCAGCUGAAGGUGAGGAAAGGAAAGUCCAAGACAGUUUUAAAGUUUACACGGAAGGUACUCCUUAUCAAUUUUCUGCUAAAAAUCUCCAGUGUAGGAGCUCCCCCAGUCCUUGGAAGCCAAAACAGAAUUGAGGCAUCUUUCGCCAGUUAAACACCUCAAUGGAAGCCUCCUCCUUCCCAAAUGUACAAGAACAGAAUCAGUAUCUCCCAAUGACUGAGGAAAUCUAUGGGCUCUCUUCCCUCCCAGAACAAUUAAUACAUCUCUAUAGUCAGCCUGGUGCUAUGCUUCAAACAUCUGAACUAUUUCACUCCCAGGAGCAACUCCAUGCUGCAAAGUCAGCUACUUUACCAAGAAAAGGACAGUUAGUCUAUACCCCUGUGAUGGAGAGUAUGAGCCAUGAAACUUAUACCCAGACAUUGCCCAAAAUGCCAAUGCACGCUCUCUUGCAGGAACCGACUUCCAGAGAUGAAACAGUGGCUGUAGAUAGGCAACAAAGCUUGUCCCCCCAGACUGCCAACUGGGGUCGCUACACUAGUAGCUUGCUGGAGUCGGUUUCUGUCCCAGGAACAUUAAAUGAAGCUGUGGUGAUGACACCAUUUUCAUCAGAACUUCAGGGCAUUUCAGCAACCUUACUGGAGCUUUCAAAAGGAAAACAGUGUCCACAUCCAAGAGCAUGGUUUGUGUCACUGGAUGGCAAACCAAUAGCUCAAGUGAGGCAUUCAUUCAUUGAUCUCAAGAAGGGCAGGAAGACCGAGAGCAAUGAUACUAGCUUAGACUCAGGUGUGGACAUGAAUGAGCAUAAUCCAAGUCGGAAAUUGGAGAGGGAGAAAACCUUUAUAAAAGCGCAGCAUUCUAAGGUACUUUACCUAGAAGACUUGGAUCUGAGUACCAUUGAAUGUGGGACCAGGCUUUCCACCCCGGAGGAUCAAGCUGUGAAGCACAUGCCAGAAGGAAGUAAUGACCCCAUCGUAGAGCAAGAGCUCCUGGAAGAGAUGCCUAAAAGAAAAAACAUGGCCAAAAAACAUGAGGCCAGCCCUCCCCCUGGGAAGAAACAGGGAAUACCACGUCUAAUUAAGACAGACAGCAAAACGAACAUCUGGAAAAAGAAAGACGAGAGACCACUCAUUCCAAAAAACUAACAUUACAGUGAUGUUUAUCUUCUGAUUGUUUCAUGUCCUGUAGACUUUACCUCCUCCUCUCUAUCAUUUUAUUUGUAAAUUUGCACUGGUUAUUUUCAGUGGGGCAGUCAGAUUUAGGUGAGAUUGCUUUUUUUUUUGAGAGACAGAGCAGAUUACAUCUUCAUAAAAAGUAUUGUUUCUGCAAACUAGCUCACCUUGCUUUCAACAGUUGUUAUAACAUCAGGAUGUUUCUAAAACUGUAUGUAAAGAUUAUCUGUGCUGUAUCCAUUCAUUCAUUCUCUGAAGACACCAGUAUGGAAUCUCAUUACUUGCUUUGAAAUUAAGCAUUUACUUGCUUUGACAGGUAAAUGAGAUUCCUGUCUAAUAAAUGAGAAGUUUUGUUGAUACCAAAUUGCAUUGGUUUAGGGAAAAGUGUUUGUUAUUUUUGCAACUAGUGUCUGAUAAUGGACAUUGUCAUAAUAUGGUUUGAUAUUGUGUAGUAUGGUAUUUUUCAUUGAAAUGCCGAUAGACGAUCUUGUAUUUCGUAAUCUAAUAGAACAUCCUGCCUCACUAUAAUUCCUAUAUAGCCUUUUCUGGUUGGGGAGGGGAAAUUAAGGACCUAUUAUCCAGAAGGUAUUUCUAGUGUGAAGACUUCUGCCAUUCCAAUUUGUAUUGAGCCAAAUUUGUGCUCCAUUUUAGGAUAGCUGGAUUUAUAUUAGUGUAAUGAAUGCAGAGUUUGGCCCUUUAUGCCCACAAUGUGUGCCAUCGUAAACAUGGUCAAAAAGAUGCCUUUUUAGAUAUUUCCCACCAGAAACAGCAUUCUGUACUAGCCUUAAAAAGACAAAAUAGGUGCGGUAUUAAGCAAUUUGAUAUAUGCCUCCCUUUUCAGCUAGCUUUUUCUAAGUCAUGAAAUUCAAUAGUUGCUUAUGAGCUGUUGAAAUCUAUUGGAUAAAUUUAGCCAUAACUAUAAUCAUUAAUGAAAAAUUGGGAUGAUGGGACCACUUUGUUAUACCCAUAAUUUCUAAUCUGAUAAUAAAUCUGUAAGGCAGAAAAGGGGAACACCAUAGUUUGAUAGUAUGCAAAAUGAAGAUUUUGGAAGAUUCCCUGGGGAAGGAUUCCAACAUGUAUAGAUAAGUCUUCCUUAAUGAAAGUUAUGGAUUUUGGAAUCUAUAUGGAGUCCUCUGAAAUACAUAUUACAGCUCUAAAUAUGGUUAGUUGGAAUUAGAUUCUGUUGAUUUCAGUGGAACUUGUUUCAUAUAAAAGUAUCCAAAUUAAAAGUUAAAAAUGCAUACAUCACUACCUGAAAUUACAAGACAACCUAUUAUUUUCCCCUGAACAACUUUCACCAUUACCUUUUCAGUGGAGAUGCAAUUAAGAUAUUGAUACGUUUGUAUUACCUGUAUAUCUUUUGUAAUUUUUUUAAAUACAAAAUGGAAAUCUCCAUCCAUUACAUUAGAUGUCUUAUGAGACACUUUUAAGUAGGAGAAUUGGUGUAAAAAUGGGAGGGUGAACAUAUGGGGAUAGAAGGAGGACUUGACAAGAGGCAUUAAAGAUGUGGACAAAUGUUAAAUGGCAUUAGCCAUUUCUGCAAAUAGGACAAAAGUAAAUUUCAUGCCGGACAAUUAUACAUGUCUUUAU